CAAGAGAAGGGCUCCCACUGCUGCUCCUGGCCAGAGGGUAAGCUCAACUAUAUUCCUCCGGUGGACAUCAAAGGGUUAUUCUAAAAAUUGCUGUUACUAGCAUUUGUCAGGUGGCUCCGCGCUGGAUUUUCCUUCUCCUUCUCCACUGAUCACAACCCAAGAGGAGUCUGCUGUUUAAACUUCAUCAUCACUAGUCCAGCUACCACUUCACAGAGACAGGAGAGGAACUUGGUCCACACUCACCAUCCCAUAUCUUCUGGAUCCUGGGCAAGCUCUUGACUGUGUGUUUGCCAACAUGGCACCUAAAAAGAAGACUGUGAGAAAGAACAAAGUAGAUAUCAACGAGAUGACCCUAAUUGUAGAAGAUAGCCCCUUAAACAAACUGAAUACCUUGAAUGGGCUCCUGGAGGGAGGUGAUGGUCUCAGCUGCAUUUCUUCUGAACUAACAGAUGUUUCUUAUGGCCCCAAUCUCUUACAAGGUUUAAGUAAGAUGCGACAAGAGAACUUUUUAUGUGACUUAGUCAUUGGUACCAAAACCAAGUCCUUUGAUGUUCAUAAGUCAGUGAUGGCUUCAUGCAGUGAGUAUUUUUACAACAUCUUAAAAAAAGAUUCAUUAACUAAGAGGGUGGAGCUUAAUGAAAUUGCACCUUUAGGCCUAGCCACAGUGAUUGCAUAUGCCUAUACAGGAAAGCUGACCUUGUCUUUAUACACAAUAGGAAGCAUCAUUUCUGCUGCUGUUUAUCUUCAGAUCCACACUCUUGUAAAGAUAUGCAGUGAUUUUCUCAUUCAAGAGAUUAGUGUUGAGAACUGCAUGUAUGUUGUUAACAUUGCUGAAACAUACUCCUUGAAAAAUGCAAAAUCAACAGCCCAGAAAUUUAUCCGGGAUAACUUCAUUGAAUUUGCAGAAUCAGAUCAAUUUAUGAAACUUACAUUUGAGCAAAUUAAUGAAUUUCUUAUAGAUGAUGACUUACAAUUGCCUUCUGAGAUAGUAGCAUUCCAGAUUGCAAUGAAAUGGCUAGAAUUUGACCCAAAGAGGGUAAAAUAUGCUGCAGAUCUUUUGAGCAAUAUUCGUUUUGGUACCAUCUCUGCACAAGACUUGGUCAGUUAUGUUCAAUCUGUACCAAGAAUGAUGCAAGAUGCUGGUUGUCACAAACUUCUUGUGGAUGCUAUGAACUACCACUUACUGCCAUAUCAUCAAAACACACUACAGUCCAGGCGGACAAGAAUCCGAGGGGGCUGCCGAGUUCUUAUCACUGUUGGGGGACGCCCAGGCCUGACUGAGAAGUCUCUUAGUAGAGACAUUUUGUAUAGAGAUCCUGAAAAUGGAUGGAGCAAGCUCACAGAAAUGCCAGCCAAGAGUUUUAAUCAGUGUGUGGCUGUGAUGGAUGGAUUUCUUUAUGUAGCCGGUGGUGAAGACCAGAAUGAUGCAAGAAAUCAAGCCAAGCAUGCAGUCAGCAAUUUCUGCAGAUACGACCCGCGCUUCAACAGCUGGAUCCACCUGGGCAGCAUGAGCCAGAAGCGCACGCACUUCAGCCUGAGCGCGUUCAACGGGCUGCUGUACGCGGUGGGCGGCCGCAACGCGGAAGGCAGCCUGGCCUCGCAGGAGUGCUACGCACCGGCAGCUAACCUCUGGCAGCCCAAGGCGCCGCUCGCGCAGGCGCGCUGCUGCCACGCCAGCGCGGUGGCCGACGGCCGCGUGGUGGUGACUGGCGGCUACGUGGGCGGCGCCUACUCGCGCUCCGUGUGCGCCUACGACCCGGCCAGCGACUCGUGGCAGGAGCUGCCCGGCCUGAGCACGCCCCGGGGCUGGCACUGCGCCAUGGCGCUGGGCGGCCGGGUGUACGUGAUGGGGGGUGGCCAGCUGGGGCCGCGCGGGGAGCGCGUGGAUGUGCUGGCCGUGGAGGUCUACAACCCGGCCGCGCGCCAGUGGAGCUACGCGGCGCCGCUGCCGGUGGGCGUGAGCACGGCGGGCGCCUCGGCGCUGCACGGCCGCGCCUACCUGGUGGGCGGCUGGAACGAGGGCGAGAAGAAAUACAAGAAGUGCAUCCAGUGCUUCAGCCCAGAGCUCAACGAGUGGACGGAGGACGACGAGCUGCCCGAGGCCACCGUGGGCGUGUCCUGCUGCACCCUCGCCAUGCCCAACAGCGUGACUCGGGAGUCCCGGGCCAGCUCCGUCUCCUCCGUUCCGGUCAGCAUCUGAACCCAGGUAGAGGCAGAGACGCAGGGAGAGCGUGUCUUUUAUUCAGAGAACCACGCGGUUAAAUUUUGAGUCAGCUACAAGGAAAAUAUGUAACGUUUACUAUAAUGAUUGAGCUUUAAAACUUACCUAGGCACCUAUCUUGGAAGCUUUACAUUCUUGGACGGGCAUAAUCUACCGCUCCCCCCGCCCUUUUAAAUAAGGCUGUAGCCCACAAAAGAAGCAAUUUAUUUCUGCGGCCACUGGGUGGCAAACGGAAUUUGUUGUAGGCACUCUUCCUACGUGGCAUCUCUGCUAAAAAUGUGCAGAACCCGCAUUUGUGAGUUUUCUUCUGCAUGUUAGUGCACAGGAAGCUUAUGUGAUUAAGCAAUACCUGCCGAAAGGUUUGUUUUCUGGUUUGGUUUAGAACGUUGAAAACAUUCAUUGGUUUUAUUUUUAAACGGAAAUAGUCUAUCUUAAUUCUCACGACAAAACCAUAAAACUUUCAGGGAGAUGAGAGCUGAGUAGAAAGAAACAGAUUCCUGCCAAGGGCUGACAAACUGACAGUCUGGGUUAGUGCUGAGUCCCCUCACCUUCACUGCUCAGGCCCCAAUACAUUAUCUUUCCUGAAAUCCUACUCCACCAGAGGUAAUUGCUAUUGAUCAUCUAAUGUACACAUUUAAAUCAUUUUGUCAUUUCUCCUAAGCUUUAUCCUAAAGAUAAAACUGGAGUUUUACUUGUUAUUUAUUGUUGUUGGAUAAGAGGGCCUGUGCAUGCUACCAUGGAGCUACAUGUCUACCCUUCCUUUUAUUGUUUUAUUAUUUUUCAUUUUGAGACAGGCUUUCACCAUGGAAACCCUUGAACUCACUGUAGCCCUGGCUCACCUUGAACCUCCUAUUGUACUGCCUUGCUGUUGAAGUAGCUGAGAUCACAGACCAGUCCCACCAGUCUCAGCUCUGAGAGCCUUGCCUUUACCCUAAUCCCGACAUGAUCAAAACCUGCAGUACCUCUAAUGUAAACCCUAGGAAUAUCACCAAAUAACACCGUGUCCUUAAGAAUUAUUAACUUUAACUUGGCCCAAGGGUUAUACAGCUGAUAACAAUAAUUUUAUGUGCCCCAUUCUUUGUAUCUUGAGAAUGAAGGAAAGAUUUGGAGUUUUUGGAUUUGGCAGUAAUUGGAUGAAUGAAUAGUCCCUCCUGUUGAUGUAUGCCAUUGUUCCCCAUUUUAUUGAUUUCCCAAUUAAAGACCUAGCAGAGAUUUAUUUCACAUAGAAAUAUUAAACUACUACUAUAUGCCCAUUCUGAUUUACUUUGCUACUGUCCUGGACUCCAAAUUGUUCUGCAGAUCUAACUACAUGCACUUGUUACCAUUUGUAACAUUUUUGCAAAAU